UCUUUGUACAGCAAUGAUACACAUGACGUACAACAAUCUACACGAUAUGAUUAAGAUCAAGAUAGUCGUAACUAGUCGUGAAAUACAUCUGAUUAGUGAGCAAUUUGGAGUCCCACGCAAGACGGCGAUUGAGAAGUAAUUUCUGUCAGGCGGCCUCAGUGUCUGCUGAAGCGAGCAAAUUUUUGUUCGACUUACUUCCGGGACUGGCAUAACUCGUCUGAUCCGAGUUGGAGUUAGAAAUGGAGGGCACGCCCUGCCAGACAGAAGACGACAAGGCCGUAGAGAAUGACCUCAUUCGUCGACCUCAUUCGAUGAAGAAAACAGGGGGAAGAUAAAUACUUGCUUUCUCUACCGAUGACCAUCAUCCAUCCCAAUUCCUCAACUUUAAACAGCGGCAAUACCUCUUCCAUAUCUCCAAAGCAUAGCCAGAACUUUUCCGUGCCAGUUUCUAAUGGUAACAUAGUGACAAAAGCCGGCUGACAUAAUAUUUAAACCCGCAUUUGAAGAAGAAAAGAAAGCAGAAUCUGGAGAAUGCAGGCGAAGGGUUGGCUUGGACGGAUGGCCGAAUUUCAGGCAUCCCCCGACCUCUUUGCUGACAUUUCGGAUGCAAGUAUGAGAUCCACAACACAAUCAACAAACGGAUAGAAGGAGAUGAUGUCACGUGUGGUACAAGCGAGCGUGACUCGAGCCCCGAGGAAUGGCAGCAGCAGCAGGGGCAGCAGGGGCUGCAGGGCCCACCAGAGGAGAGGAGAGAGGAGAAGUGGGGCCGGAUUUGGUCGCUUCUCAAACGCAGGUCGCGGUCGGCCCUGUCACAUUGUAGAAGAAAGGAUUUGAAUUCCACUGUCGAGAGACAGCAGCAGCGAUGGCAUCCAUGGCCUGCAGGUUGUCGCAUCAGGCUUUGAUUCUGCCACCGAGAGGAAGCGCCGGUGAAUUCAGCGUCGCGGUUGCCGGGGCUCAGCGUUCCGUAGCCAUCGGUCGUUGCUCCAAGCCCGAAGUGAAAUCUCUCCGUCUGAAUCAGGUUCUUGGUCGAAGGCAGAAGAACUCUAGUUCGUUCCGAAGGGCGGUGGGCGACGAGGAAUCUGGAGGCAAUGUCGAGACUCCCUCGGCUGCUGAAACGAGCGGAACAGAGAAGAGUCGACCGGCAGUGGACAAAAAGGCCGCUGCUAGGGCGGAAGUGCAGAGGGGCAAAAAUACAGCGCUGAUCACUGGUGCCAUUUCUGUGUUGCUCGGAGUUGGCUAUCUCGUUCUUAUUCAGCUGCUGGAUACUCGUGGAAUUGAGCUCAUACCACCUCCUCCGGAAGCCUUCGAUCCUUAGGCCGGAUUCAGACACUAUCAAUCCAUGUCCUCUUCGAGAUUCCUCUGCUCUGCACGGUGAAGGAGUCUCUUUUUCUCGUCCUCCACCGAUUUUCUCCCAUAGAGUGUACAAUUAAGGAGGCUAAAGGAUUCCUGGAAACAACGAUUUCUUUCUGGUGUUGUUUUCGCUCAAUCUUUGUGCACAAUUGGAUUCUCAGUCGGUUACACACAUUUCCUCCUAUAGAGUGUACAAUUACGGAGGACAAGAAAUUCGGAGACAAUUGUCAUUUCUUGUGUCUUUUUUUAUUCAAUCUUUGUGUAGAAUUGGUAUUUCAGUCAAUUACAUUUGAACGCUGAUUUGGACCGUGGAAAAGUUGUGGACCAGAGUCCAUCAAGUAUGUCUGUCAACCAGAUGGAUUAUGAUACCCAACGAGUGAGCUGACAAAAUCUCGCCAGACAUCUCGCUCAGACAGCCAAUCAAUCAAUCCUUCAGACUGAUCAAUGCAUGCAUCAUGUUUCCAGAUUUGUACAUAAUUUCCAGUUUUCAAGGGAGAUUUUGUACAAGAUCUUCGUUGACAAGACUAAAUUCAAACUUCUUUAUCGUGUCUGCAAACAAUGUGUUCUCUUCCUCCUUUGCCGAAUAUUGAAUUUCACUUUAGGAAUCACUUUGAAGUGAAUUUGGCGAAUAAUC